GAUUUAUUCUAACUAAUUAUUGUAACGAAACAUACACGUGCAUAGAAUUUGUGGUAUAUCUCAUAUACAAAAUAUCUCAGAUAAAAGUAGUAUCAUGUUUCUAAAAAUAUUGUUAAGUAGCAGUUUAACAAUCAUCGUCGCAGCGGCUUUUUUAACCGACGAUUCGCUAAUUAAAAUAUCUCAAGAAAAGUUAAACAUUGACCCGAAUUAUAUAUUGCCGCAACAAUAUAAAAUCAGCAUUACACACAUCGAAAAAAAUAUUCUUGUCAGCAACUGCAGGAUACAUAUACAGAUUUUAUCUCCAAUAUCAAGCAUAAUAUUAUAUUCGCCCGUAAAAUAUAUCGGUAUAACCGUGCUUUAUUAUUCACGAUAUUCUAUAAAUAGUGAACACUCUAUAAGUAAUAAAAAAAUAAUCCCUUUUAAACCGGUACAAUCUUUGUAUAAUAAUGAGAAGAACAGUGUCGAAUAUAUAUUCACGAAUGACCUAUCGCCGGGAUAUUACAUCAUAAAAUUAGUUACUAACAUAACUGAAGAUAUAGGCCUAAAAAGCUUUUAUAAAAGAGGUGAACGACAAUGGUUGGCAACAUAUGUUAAUACUACUGGAAUCCAACACAUGAUUCCACAUUUGACCGAAUCUUUACACAUCUCGCCCGUCUAUAAUAUUAUUAUAAAACAUCAUAAAAAUUAUACAGUUUUAUCAAAUAUACCGCUACAGACAAUAGUAAUGUAUGAUAAAGACACAAUGAUGGCACAUUUUAAUACAUUUGUAAGGCCUAAUUAUUUUGUAUUUGUGGAUAACCGGGCUAAUUUAUCUCUCAUAUCUGGUCCAAGUGAAAGUAAGAUCAACGUUAAUAUGUGGUGUAGAAUGCACUGCGCAUUUGCACACAAAAUUGUGCAAAAUAUAACUCUUUACUUGUUUCGUAAAUGGGAACGCCUGAAUAAAUUUUGGCAAAUAAAUCAUAUUGCAAUUCCGGAUUUUCCAGAAAACGAAAGCAUCAUAAAUCUGGGCCUUGCUAUUUAUAGAGAAGCAGAUGUUACCUACAUUGAGAAUGUCGAUUCUCCUGCGCGUAAAAUUAAAGUUGCUUACUUCAUAGCCCAUAAAGUAGUACAGGAAUGUCUUUAUUAUGAAAAUCCAUUUUGGUCGUUAUCUUCUGGGCUAAAUGAGGCUAUAGUCACAUUUCUUGGAUUAUAUAUCAUUAAUGAGGUUCCUCCAAAUAUAAUAUCCAAAUAUAAUAUCCGGAUGAUAGAUUUGUUUGUGGUACAAUUUCAGCAGGAAUUCCUUCAUUUCGACACUGAAUAUAAUACAUCACUUUAUAAUACGUUAUUCGAUAUUUCUUUCGAACAUUACCGUUACAUUAAAGGAUACUGUAUAUUGCGUAUGUUUCAACAUAUGGUUACUGAAGAAAUAUUAUGGCAGACUAUCCGCAUAUAUGUAAAGGAUAACAAGCCUGCUAACACUUUUGGUAAAGUUUUGGAGAACUUUUCGGUCACACAAUUAUCCGCAAACAAUUUUAUUGUUAUGAAACUGAUAAUUAAUUAUUGGACAGAUGACAAAUAUUAUUCUGUAUUAAAAAUGACACAAGGUGGUCGUCAUGGAGAGUGGACAUAUGUAUUAACGCACAAUUUAAGUAAGGUGGUGGAUUAUAUCAUACCUGUAACAUAUACUACACAGAAGCAUCAACAUUUUACUGGUACUUUAGAUACUAUUUUAUUAUCUUUUCUGACUUUUGGAUUACAUUUGAAUUCUAAAGAGGAUGGCUGGAUACUAUUUAACAUACAACAAACUGGAUAUUAUCGUAUCAAUUACGAUAUCAAAAACUGGCGAAGAAUUGCAAAUUAUCUAAAUUCUACAAAUUACAUGAAAAUACAUAUCCUGAAUCGUGCCCAAAUUAUCGAUGAUGCUUUCCACUUGAUGAUAACAAAUCAACUAAAUUCUAUUAUAUUCUGGAAUAUUACGCAAUAUCUAUCACGAGAAAGAGACUACGUGGCAUGGUAUCCCAUGUUCAAAGCUUUGGAAUAUCUGUCCAAUAUCUUUCUAUUUCGGGAAUCAAUAUAUUCUGACAUCAAGGUAAAAAUGCGAAAUUUAUUAUACGAUUUGCUUGAUAAACUUGAAUACGAUGAAAUUUCUAAUGAACACGAGCUUACAAAGAGUUUAAGAAUGGAGGCUGCGAAAUGGGCAUGCAAUCUUGGUGGUCGCAUAUGCAUAGAAAAAGCCCAACAUAAAUUAAAUCGACAUCUCGAAGAUCCCGAAAACAACACGCUUUUGCCAUGGUGGGAAGAAUGGACAUACUGUCAAGGUUUAAAAAUAUUAUACUAUUCUCUUGACAUUGAAGAUUCUCCUAGCAAUAAAGAUUCUCCUUGGUGGAGAGUAUAUCAUCUGGGAAAAGAAAAAUUUAAACCUAAACUUUUAAGAUUCCUCUCUUGCCCUGAGGAUUCAAAAUUUAUCAAACCAUAUCUUAAUCUAAUAAAAAAUGACAGUACAACAUCGAUUAUGUUUUUAAAAGAUUUUUGCGAUGAAGAUUAUAUUAAUUAUUUUCUUUUUACUAUCGCGAAGCACGCAAGGAAUUCUGUAGUACUCGACUUCAUAUUAAAAAAUCUUGAGAACAUAAGACCCAGACAAGUCAGCGAGCAUGCAACAUUUGCUGUUAUUAUUAAUCAUGUGUAUUCUAUAGAACAAUUGGAAAAGAUGUACGACUUUCUAAUAGAUAAAUUUAUUAAUGCAACAGAAGUUGAAUUAAAUGAAUAUAAGCGAAUUUGCAGAAAGCUACAGACGUAUGGCAGCAUAUUUACCAAUAUAUAUCUAUAUAUCCCAACAUAUUUCAAAUAUUCAAAGCAAGAUACGAAGGCGCAUUUUCGAAAUCAAAUGUCAACAGGAUUACUUUCAGAAUUUUGUAAAAUAUCAAUAAUAUACGUUUAAUGAAAGUAACAAUUAUGUCUGUUUAAUGAAAGUAACAAUUAUGACGCAAACACAUCUAUAUAUCUUUCUU